AUGUCGGAUACGAUUCCCGCUGGGCGAGUGCCGAUUGAGGAUCAACUGUAUCCCACCUCUGCCGGAGGGUUCUGUGGGCCGUGCUACAUUCUAAGUUUCACGGCCGGACUCUACCGAAGUACAGAAGUGGGCGGACGGAGAGUUUCUCUUCCGAGGUUGGUGAUUGUUCAUGUUGGUGUUGGUGUUGAUGUUGGUGUUGGAGUGUGUUGUCUGUCCGCCAGCCCCGGAAUGUCGCAUCCGCUGGCUCCGGACACUGUCGCCCAGCGACCGGUACCCGGCCUGGCAACACAUGACACUGUUUCGCUGGCGCCAACAUUCUGCCCUCCUCCCCCCCCCCUCCAUUCUUCGCUCCAUCUCAUCCGUCUUCAAGUUGUCCGGCGCCAGCUCCACUUUCCCACCGAAGGGUGUGUAUAUAAACGGGACAAUCGGCCUCGAGCACCAGCUCGUCUGCCGUGGACCGAGACAAUGCCGCGCCAAUCCGGCUCGACGUCACAUGAGGCGAGCCCCGCGGUGCGGGGCUCUAUGCUGACGGGUCUGAAGCUGCUGAGCGGCACCGUGAAGGACAACCUCGAGGGGAAGAUGCAACGCGCUCGGCGCAAAUGUGAAGACGUGUGUGCCGCCGGACCAAUGCCCUGGCCCAUGUCUGGUACCACUUUUCAGAUCUUUCAGAUGACCCAUCUCGAGGCGCCGAACGCCUCCACCCUCGCCUCAUUGUCGUCAUCGGCAUCAGCAGCAGCAGCAGCUGCUGCAUCGACGCAGCCUCCUCCGGCCUGCUCGCACAGAGAGACCGGAUGA